GUUGCGAAGAACGGUCGUUUGGUGCGCGGCAGAGAAACAAACCGGUUGGUGGAUUCAAUCGAUUGUGAUUAGGGCAUUACUUAAUUUAGCGGUGAGAUAUUCCAAUAUAACAUAUAAGUAUUCCUCAGCCUAGGAUUUUUCUGCAGUGGCGUAGUGCAAUUGAUUGGGUACGGCCAGCCGGAUACCUUAUUGUUUUCAUCUUUUAACUUAUAACGGGACAGGAUAACAGGAGAAGCACACUAUACAUCAUAAAAAAUAUCUUCACCGUAAAUCGCAUUCGUCAUGGAAUCCCUUAACCCGCGAAUGUCGUGGGAACAAGAUCGUCACAAGAACAACAACAUUAUUCUGUUGGGCGAAACCGGCUCAGGCAAAUCAACUCUGAUAAACUAUCUGACAAAUUAUUUCCAUAACGGUACACUUGAGAAUUUGAAAAUUGCCAUUCCCACGAAGCAUUAUAAGGCAACGGAGGGUCUAAACCACCACGAAGACAACGUUCAGGAUUCUUCAAAUAGUCAAACUAGAGCCUGUGCUGUAUAUAAUUUCAGAAAAGAGGACACUACAUUCAACUUCAUAGACACCCCAGGGCUCAGUGAUACCAGAGGGGCGAAUCAGGAUGACUUCAAUAUUCAGCAAAUUAUGGGAGCUGCAGAGCAGAGUGGAGAGUUGACUGCAAUCAUCCUUGUUAUAAAUGGAUCGCAGGCCCGAGCCACAGUUAACUUACGCAAUACGUUUUGUCUGUUGAGAAGCUCAAUACCAGACGUCCUUCAGCAGAAUCUCGUUGUUGUUCUAACAAAUUGUUCUGCUACUUCCGUAAAUUUCGAUCUGGCGCAUUUGAAACCUUGGACUAUUGCUGAGGCGAACGUUUUCCACAUGAACAACUGUGCCCUCAGUAGACCACUAUCACAAUGGAUGAACAACGAGCGUAUGAAGAAAGAUGUGGAAGAGGAAUGGCAAUGCUCAAUGGAAACUAUCGAAGAAUUGAACCAAAACUUGACGAAGCUUGGUGGCAAAGCGACCGAGGCUUUCAAACAAAUGCGCAUAAACAGAGACAGAAUAAAAUUUCAGCUACAUAACAUUUUGUUGGAGGUGAAGAAAUUCCAGGAUCUUCAAAACGAACUAGAUAUGAUGAAAACCACACAGCAAAAUGUAUCUACCAACAUUGAAAAAUAUUCCAACUACAAGCGAACAAAGCAAGUGGAAUAUACGGAAUUGGAACGAAGUAAAGAUGUCAGUAAAUUCUGCAUUGUAUGCUUAACGCCAUGCAAAGCCAUGCCCUCAUCGUACAAAUCAAUACCGUUUUAUAGAGACGUAUCCAACCUUGUAGAAUAUAUCUUUUCAGCCAAAUGUCAGUGCAGUCAUACACCGUUUAGUCAUUACGAUUGCAAAGUUAAGCAAGUCAAGAAAACAAAAGCUGUCGAAGAAAUUUGUAAUGAUGUCAAAAACGCCUAUGAUGAUAGCGUGAGAAAAAACAAGGAAAUACAGUAUAUAAUUGGAGGCCUAGACACCGACAUCGCUGCACUGAGACAUGCUCUCGAUGAUAAAGAAGCCGAAAUACUGAAAUGUUACCAUGAGCUCAAGAAGCUCUGCUCGCAGUUCAACUUUGUGCACGAGCUUCAGGGCGUCAUUGCUGUCAUGGAGAGAGAUGCUCGUACGCUUACUUCCUCUGUGGCAAGAACAGAUGCUGAGAAGAGAAUUAGAAACAUCAAACACUUGGUCGAUACGCUGUCAAAGGCUGAGAAGAGUGACUAGAAUGCAAAGAUGAAAAUCAUUACAAAAUAUCUUCUCCCUGAACUGUAUUCGUCAUGGAAUCCAUCAAACCGGAAACGUCGUCGAAACAAGACAUUCAAAAGGAGUUCAACAUUAUGCUGUUGGGCGAAACUGGUUCAGGGAAAUCAACACUGAUAAACUAUUUGAUGAAUUAUUUCCAUAAUGGUACACUCGACAAUUUGAAAAUUGCCAUUCCCACGAAGCAUCAUGUGACAACCGAAGAUCUAAAGCACCACGAAGACAACGUUCAGGAUGCUUCAAAAAGCAAAACUAGAGCAUGUGCUGUGUAUAAUUUCAGAAAACAUGACACGAUAUUCAACUUCAUAGACACGCCAGGGCUUAGUGAUACCGAAGGAGUGAUACAGGAUGACUUCAACAUUCAGCAAAUUAUGGGUGCUGCUGAGCAGAGUGGAUUACUGACAGCAAUCGUUCUCGUUAUAAAUGGGACACAGACCCGAGCUACAGUAACACUACGCAACACACUGUGUCUGAUGAAAAGGUCAAUACCGGACGUCCUGCUGCAGAAUCUCGUCGUUGUUCUAACAAAUUGUUCUGCUGCAUCCGUUAACUUUGAUAUGGCGUAUUUGAAACCUUGGACUGUUCAUGAGGUAAACGUAUUCUACAUGAACAACUCUGCCCUCAGUAGACCAGCAUCACAAUGGAUGGACAAUGGGCGUAAGAAGAAAGCUGUGGAAAAGGAAUGGAAAUGUUCGAUGGAAACCAUUGAAGAAUUGAUCCAAAACUUGACGCAGCUUGGUGGCAAAGCGACCGAGGCUUUCAAACAAAUGCGCAUGAAAAGAGACAGGAUAAAAUCGCAGCUGCAUAGCAUCUUGCUGGAGGUGAAGAAAUACCAGAGUCUUCAAAACGAACUAGAUAUUAUGAAAAUCACACAAAAGUGCAUAUCCACCGACAUUCAAAUUUAUUCCGAGUACAAGCGAACAACACAAGUGGAACAUACGGAAUUUGUACAAUGUGAUGAUUACAAUACAAUCUGCUCUGAAUGCUCAAAUGCGUGCCAUGAAAAUGAGGAAAAUAUCAGUCCAUUCCAAAUAAUUCUUGGAAUUGCACUGAAUGAAUUUACGAUCAUUAGCAUGGCAUUCAACUUAAUCAAUAUAUUUUUAUCUCUUUCUGAACCGCUUUGUCACUGCGAACAUCCCCUCCAUACUCACUACAACGCCAAGAUUCGGCCAAUCAAAAAAAUAAUAACCGUCGAAGAAGUUCUCGAAGAUAUGAAAAGUGCCUAUGAUCAGAGCGUGAGCAAAAAUGAGAAAAUACAGUCUAAAAUCGGUAGCCUGGACACCGACAUUGCUGCCGUGAAAUAUGCUCUCGAUGAAAAAGAAGCAGAUAUUCUGAAAUGCUGCCACGAGCUCAAGAAGCUCUGCUCGCAAUUCAACUUUGUCGAUGAGCUGCAGGGUAUCCUUGGCAUCAUGGAGAGAUAUGCCCGUAUGCCUACCUCGACGGUGGCAAGGCUUGAUGCCGAGAAAAGAAUUAGAAACAUCAAACUCGUGGUCGAUACGCUGUCAAGCGCUGGGACGAGUGACUAGAACGCAACUGAUUUUACGGGUGGCGAAACAAUCGCAUUAGUCUAAUAAAUGUUUAUGUUAUUGGGGAUUAUUUCUUAAUUGUAAUAUUGUACUUAUUAUGGUUGUCUGCCAUGCAUGGAAUUUU